AGAAUUAAAUAAAGAGUAGAUAUUGUUUUGCGGGCCCCCUUCCCUUUACUCAGUCAUCUUCUCAUCCUUAUCCAUCUCCUUUGGACGUAAUAUCAUGCCCACUCCUCAUUCUUCUAUUGCCAAUAUUCACUCGUCAUUAAUUGCCUUUAAAUUUAAUUUCCUACAAACUAUUAUAAAUUUGGAAAUAGCAAAAAGAAACCCCUUUUCCUUGUAGGAAGAGAGAGGGAGAGAUAUUUUUUAGCUAAAACUUUACCUAUAUAUAAUAUCACCAUAUACCCAUAAGAAACAUUACAUUACAGAAAAGAGAAACCAGAGAGAGAAAAAAAAGAAAGAAAAAAUGGUUCUGCUAGACAAAAUGUGGGACGAUGUAGUAGCUGGGCCUCAACCUGAACGUGGUCUCGGCAGGCUUAGGAAGAUCACCACCCAGCCUUUGUCCAUCAAAGAUGAAGGAGAAAGGAAAAAGUACCAGAGGUCGUUGUCGCUGCCGAAUAGUCCAGUGUCAGGUCCGACACCCGUGACACCGACGACUCCGACGGCGCGUAAGGAGAACGUGUGGAGGAGUGUGUUCCAUCCGGGUAGCAACCUAGCCACCAAAAGUAUAGGUUCUGAUGUUUUCGACAAGCCACAACCCAACUCUCCUACCGUCUAUGACUGCAACCAAACGGAGGCUCAGAGACAGAGCAUGAAGGAAAACUUGGCUAUUUGUUUGGUCGCUGCGUGGAAAUAAUUCCUUUUGAUCAGUAUACACUCUUAUACCCAUUUAUGGCUUUACAGUGGGGAGACCAGGAGCAAGCAUCGCUGAGAGGGUGGCGACUGACAGGCGGCUAGCAGGCUGCUCUCGUGAGCCAGGGCUGCAUGUAAAUAGUGUGUCUUCUCUUUUCUUUUCUUUUUUCAAUGUUCUAUUUUGUCUGUCUUUGUCUCUUGAUGCUAUUUUGAUGUCUCGAGUAACCGUAGAAGGUGUUUUAAGAGCUGACUAAAGCUUUAGUUAGCCCUUGUCUUUUUGUAAGUAAUGUUGGCCAAGGGUGCGCUAGCCCACGGUGGUUAUUGAUGCUUUGUCAUUCAAGCUGCCACCGUGAGCGGCGGAUAUAUUACAUAAAUAAAUAAAGAGAUUAAUGGGGUAUGUGUAA